AUGGCAGAGAAACGCCGUCCCAAGAGUGUAAAACACUCAAAGGAAUCUCGCAGAAGAUUAAAUCAUGAAAUCAAAUCUGAACCGGGACCUUACGAUAUCGAUUUCCCUACUUUUAACAAUCCAGGGGUCAAAGAAAUACAUGAAUUCAUGCAAACGCUUGAAAAACACUCCACUUAUCCGCAAAAAAUUGCUGCCGGCUUAGAAUCCUUUUCUAAACUUGAAAUUCUUCACAGACUCUUGGACCCCACGACAGACGACAUUAUAACUGUCUCGACAGGAGAUAAAGAUAGAUUGGGCGCCCGCCUACAAGAACGGUUCGAAAAGCCAAUUCUUUAUCGAGCGGACGGAUCAAGCGAUUGUCCUGAUAUCAAAGAUUUAUUAAAGCAACUUUCAGAGAAGGGCAAUAAAAAUCUACAUGUUUACGAUUGUUCUAUUACAGAUCCUUCUCGGAGGACUUAUCCCACAACUGUUGAAAAGGCGCUUCAGUGUUUUCCGUCAAAUCCUGAAUCACGCUCCCUCAAUUUUCUCGACAUUGAAAACCGAUUCGGUGUCUUGUACUGCCCAUGGUUAGUUAGUAACCACGAUAUCCGCACGAAAAUUUCUACCCACAACUUUGAGGAAGCGGGCAAGGUUGGAUCCAACUGGAAACUGGACAAGUCCAGUGAAUUUUUUCUACUUUCUACAAGAAACGCUGUUUCAUCAAUCCAUGUGGACAAUGGCGGCCAACUCACAUGGAUUAAAAUCUUGAAGGGACGAAAGAUUUGGUAUUUUCCACGUUGUCUCGGAAUAGGGACACUUCGUUUGUUAGCUGAGACUGGUUCUCAAUACCCAGAAUAUUAUCGAGGAGGCUGGGUCAAGGUAGAACUAUGCGUUGGUGAUGUUCUGUAA